AUGGCGCAGACUUUUGCGGAUGAUCAUAAGAUUGAUGAGCUGGUUGAGAAAGUCCCGGCAGGUUGGUUUUCCUUCGAGUACUUCCCGCCGAAGACCGCGGAGGGUGUCGAAAACCUGCGCAAGCGGAUUGUGAAGAUGAAGGCCCUGGGCCCUCUGUUCACGGACUUCACUUGGGGAGCUGGUGGCUCAACAUCGGAGCUUACCUUGAAGCUCACUUCGGCUGCCAAGAACGAGUUUGGCACCGUUGCCAACAUGCACUUGACCUGCACGAACCAGAGCUCCGAGAUGACGGAGAACGCUUUGAAGGAGUGCAAGCAGCUGGGAGUGCGCAACAUCGUUGCCCUCAGGGGUGACCCUCCCCGAGGUCAGGAGAAGUGGACGGCCACCGAAGGUGGCUUCAGCAGCGCUCUGGAUCUGGUCAAGUUCAUCAGGAAGCACUUCGGCGACUACUUCUCAAUUUCCGUAGCAGGCUACCCUGAAGGGCACCCCGACAACAUUGAGACGGUUGAAGGCGGGGUGGCAGCUCUGACCGAGUCCGAAAAGCGAAGGGCGCGGGUGGUGAAGGAUGCCUCCGGCAAAGAGACUGUGACCGUCUGCCGCGACGCGAAUUUCCACAAGGAGAUGGUGUAUCUGAAGGAGAAGGUCGAUGCCGGUGCCCGCUUCGUCAUUACUCAGAUGUUCCUGGAUGCCCAGGUUUUCCUGGAGUUCGUCAAGGAAUGCCGUAAGUAUGACAUCAAGGUGCCGAUCGUUCCUGGCAUCAUGUGCCUGAAUGGUUUGGGUGGGCUGAAGCGGAUGACGGAGCUUUGCAAGACGCGGGUGCCCGAGGGCCUCAUGGAACGGGCGGAGAAGGCCAACACCUCCGAUGAGGCUUUCAAGGAGUUUGGCAUCCAGGAGGGCGUGGCCAUGUGCAAGGCACUGCUGGAGGGUGGAGCGCCGGGUUUGCACUUCUACACCCUGAACCUGGAGAAAGUCGUCGUUGGUAUUCUCAAGGGCCUGGGAAAGAUCAGCGAUGCCCAGGCAGCAGCCUUCCAGGCAGUCGAGGCGGAUGCCAAAUUCAUGGUUUCGGCCCAAGGCAUCACCACGGGCACAAAGGCCAACGGCAACCGGCCAGCACUGCCCGGCAACCGCCCGUUGGUGGAGGCAGACCCUGUGAUGCACGAGCUGGUGCAGCAGGAGAAGGCCCGGCAGAUGCGAUGCAUCGAGCUGAUUGCCUCGGAGAACUUUACCUCGCGGGCUGUGAUGGAGUGCCUUGGGUCGGCGCUGACCAACAAGUACUCCGAGGGUCAGCCGGGAAACCGCUACUACGGUGGCAACGAGGUCAUUGACAAGGUGGAGAACCUGUGCAAAGCACGUGCACUGAAGGCAUUCAGCCUUGAUGAGAAGAAUUGGGGUGUGAAUGUCCAGCCGUACUCGGGAAGCCCAGCCAACUUCGCUGUCUACACUGCGUUGCUCCCCCCUCAUUCCCGUGUCAUGGGCCUGGAUCUGCCAAGUGGUGGACACUUGACGCAUGGCUACUACACUGCCCGAAAGAAGAUCUCAGCGACCUCGAUCUACUUCGAGUCUUUGCCCUACCGUGUGCACCCAGAAACCGGACUUAUCGAUUUCGAUGAGCUCCGCAAGACAGCCCUCGUCUUCCGACCUGCCAUGAUUCUCUGCGGAGCCUCUGCGUACCCUCGAAUCAUCGACUUUGGAAAGUUCCGCGAAAUCGCAGACGAAGUUGGAGCGAUCCUGAUGGCAGACAUCGCCCACAUCUCCGGGUUGGUCGCCACCGGCGAGCAUCCGUCGCCCUUCGAGCACUGUGACGUCGUGACCACCACCACCCACAAGUCUCUGCGCGGACCACGGGCUGGAAUGAUCUUCUUCAAGUACACAGAGAAGAUCCCCGACAUCAAGGAGCGCAUCGACAUGGCCGUGUUCCCAGCCCUUCAAGGUGGUCCCCACAACCACCAGAUCGGUGCCCUGGCCGCACAGCUCCUGGAGGUGGACACGCCCAUGUUCAAGGACUACGCCAAAGCGGUGAAGGCGAAUGCUAAGACGCUGGCAGAGACCCUUAUGGGAAAGGGCCACAAGCUGGCCAGCGAUGGCACGGACAAUCACCUCUUGCUUUGGGACCUGCGCCCCCAUGGCCUUACGGGCUCCAAGGUUGAGAAGAUCUGCGAAGCGGCCUCCAUCACCCUGAACCGCAACGCUGUGCACGGGGAUGCCUCGGCGCUGUCGCCCGGAGGUGUCCGCGUGGGGGCCCCUGCCAUGACCACCCGGGGCUGCACAGAGCAGGACUUCAGGAAGAUCGGGGAAUUCCUGGACCGCUGCUGCCAGAUCGCCCUGAAAAUCCAGGCGGAGAAGGGCAAGAAGCUCAAGGACUUCGAGGCUGCCAUCCCAGGAAACUCCGAGGUCACGGCACUGAAGAAGGAGGUGGAGGAGUGGGCGAUCCGAUUUGGCUACCCAGGGCUGUGA